AUGGUCUUGAUAGCUUUGGACGAAUUUCAGAAAGCACUCAUUGAAUCAGAUGAUCAUCAUAUCAGGAUGUCAUACCUCAAGAACGUUAUACUGGAAUUGUUGUCAUUAAGUGGAAGCAAGCAAGACACUACAACAACUGGGAUCUCAACACCAUCUGUUCUGUUGGAGAAAGGUACUUUUGUCUAUAUCAUGACGGCUGGUACCAUUCUUGAACCCAUUGACCACAUCAUGAGCAAGGAUUCUGGAUUACCAUACACAUUCAUCUCGCUUCCUCUCUUGACAAGGGAGGAAUCUCGUAUCAUUCUCUUUGACUUCCUCUCAAAGUCCUCUAUGAGCAACACUAAUUCUGGCAGAAUUCCAAUACCUCCAUCAUUCCUCACAACACUGGAUACAACUGGGGGUUGGCCAAGACCCAUUGAACUGUUCUUGAGAACUCUUGUUACCAAUCCUGCAGACAUUGACAAGCCAAACACUCGACACGAGAUCAAUUGGACAACAAUGGACGCCCCAGUUCGAAAGCUGUUCGAAGCUACUGUCACAGAGUUCGAUCGCACAUAUCCAAAGCUAACCUAUAAACCCUAUUUCGAUAUUAUAUUGUCACAUGCAAUCACUGAACAUCUAAUAUUAGCUCAAUGUCCGCUUGAUGAUGCGCCUUCAUACAUAAACUUUGCAAAGCGAUGGACUCCUACUCCUCGAAUAAAUUGGAGAAGAAUAUAUUGA